AUGCUGUGUUUCUGGUCAGCCCUAGGAAAGGGUUAUAGGUCAGAGGCUGUGGUCAAUGCUGUGUUUCUGGUCAGCCCUAGGAAAGGUCCUAGGAAAGCCCUGGCGUCUCCAGUGAGAGAACCUCCUCUCACCGAGCUGGAGGAUGACUUCCUGAUCCUGGAGGAUUAUGAGCCUCCCUGGUUCUCCCUUCGCUGGAAGUUUGACCCCAUCAGGACCACAGCCAAACCACGACCAAAGCAGCAGAACCAAUCACACAGUAGUGACAAUGCCUCAGCAGACACACUCACCAAGGCUACAGCCAAUCAGAGAUCAGGAGGGACAGACAGACCUCGGACAACUAAAGAGAAGAAGGGAAAGAAUCCUACAACCAGGAAGGAGAGGGACUCUAGUCCCCCGGGGGUAGGACCUCAGGGUGAUGGGCCUGUUAAUCAUGUUGACCUCGAGGCAGACCACAUAGAACAAGACAAGAAGAAAGUCAACAACCUGUUAUCUGAACCAACGACAGCAGGUGACCUGGAACAAGAGGCACCAGGAGGAGGGGCCAAGCCUAAACCUAGCCACACCAAAACAGAAAAGAAAGUUCCCAGAAUCUCUAAAUCCAAAGCUGGUAUCCAAGGUGACAAGGUGAACCCCAAGACGAGCCGAGGACGAGGCCGGCAGUCUGGGAAGACCAGGAGACUGUCAGGUCGAGCUGGGGAGGAGCCCGUCACCAUGGAGGAGGAGAGUGAAGCGGCUGCAGACCAAUCAUCAGCUGAAGACCAGGAUGUUUCUCCAGUUCUACAGUUGGCACCAACAGGACAGAGACGAGUCAUCUCUAAGGUUCCAGCCAAUUGUAAGGCCCAGGAGGUCUGCCCCGCCCCUACUGGUGAGGCUGACUCCUCCCAGUUAGCAGGGAAGAGGAAGAGGACCGAGCCUGGUCCCUGGUGGCUCAUCAGUCCUGUCAACACACAGCUCACAGAGACAGACAACAAGUCCAAACAGAAUAACAAGACAACUACAUCUAAACCAGCAAGACAUUCCUCUGUGGAGUCAGGGCAGGAGGACGGGCCAUCAAAACCCUUUUUUAAUCAGAACGCAAAGAAGAAACCCUCGUCCAAUCAGACCACAGAGAAGAAACCGUGGUCCAAUCAGACUGCAGAGCAGAAAGCAGAGAAGCCCAAGAAGGGCAGACCUAAGAAGCAGACGAUAGCCAGUACAGAGGAGCCAGCGAGGCCUGAAGGUCAGAGAGAAGAGGAACAGGAGGCCAUGCCCAGCCCUCUCAGACAGCAUACACUCACCUCAAGUGAGAAGGUGUUUGACUGGCUCUACAACCGCACUCCCAAGUGUAAACCCCAGAGUGAUGCCACACCCACUAACAUUACCCCCCACUCUGCUACCGUUACCCCCAGCAGGCAGCAGCACCAGGCCAGGGAGGCUCCAGAGAAACGCAGGAGGAGGAAAGCUCCAGUGAACUGGUGGGAGACCAACAACCCCCCAGAGAAUGCUGGCCGCACCUUUUCCUUCCCUCAACAACCCCAGCCUUACCCCAAAACACCUUCACCCCAUCAACCCCAGCCUAACCCAAAAACACGCAAGGUGGUGAGAAGUAAGUCCAAGCCCAGACCAGUCCGGACCAGGCCUGCUAAGUCCCUGCGACCUCCUCAGAACGGCAACACAGCCUCCUCACCUCGACCUGGAGCAGUUCAGACCCUGGUGAAGAGGAAGGACCUCUCCACUCCCAAGACGGUCAAGCGCUCUCUGGCCACCUUUGGCGCCAUCUUCUCCUCGGGCAGAGAAGCGCUCCCGGUGGCCACUGUCAGAAGCACGUUGCAGACUUCAGGGAGGAAAGCCCUAUUCCCUGAAGAGCAGUCAGCCCAGAGUCCCAGCGUCAGCCUCAGCACUGGUCCAGCUAAGGACCCCUCCCAGGACCCAGCCAGUGACAGGAGCUCCAGCCUUGUGGAUCUGAGUGCCAGUACUGUCUGCUAUAUAGAGCCUGUUGGAAAGCUGGGGAAAAAGACCAGAUGCCAAGACUUCUCCCAAAGCAACAACCGACUCUCAGACAACACGUUAGAAAGUUUCGAAAGCGGACCAUCUUCCAUGAUUGAACUGGAGGAUUGUGAAGAGCAUGAGGACAUCUGGCUCCCGUCAUCAGAGUGGCGCCCCAUCUGUCUAUCCAUCCGUCUGUCCAUCCGUCUGUCCAUCCGUCUGUCCCUCCUGGUAUCGUGCUGUCAGAUCCUGAGGCUGUGA